CUUGUUGUGAUGUCUACAGACAUGGAGGAAGUGGUCACCAGUAUCCUGAUUGGAAAAAUACCAGCUCUUUUCAAGAAAGUCUCUUACCCUUCUCUCAAACCUUUAGGCAGCUACAUAAAUGACUUCUUGGCCCGUUUACAGGUCAGUGACUUCUUGGCUUGUUUACUUGUCAGUGACUUCUUGGCUCGUUUACUUGUCAGUGACUUCUUGGCUUGUUUACAAGUCAGCUGGCAUUGAAAUACAUUUUUAAAAAAAACUGUUUGCACCCAUUACAAAACGGACUGUUUUGUGCAUAUUUCCAGUGCAGUUUACCCAUUCUUUUCAGGUUUAUUUCAGAGUUGUUUAUGGUUCAACUUUGCAUCACAAUAAUCUUGAAAAUUUAAGUGUAUUUCAAAAGGAUUAUUUUUAAAAAUUUAUGAUUGACCAGAAUAUUUUAAAGUCAUACAAGAUUUUUUUCCUAUUUGUUGUGUAUAACUUGAUAUGAAAGCUCUAAAACUUCAUAUUUUGGAAAAUUAAAUAAGUUUUGAAAAUGUCUGUUUUCCAGUUUUUACAAGACUGGUACGAUAAAGGUCCACCACCAACAUUUUGGCUGUCUGGGUUUUUCUUCACUCAAGCUUUCCUCACUGGAGCACAACAGAAUUAUGCCAGAAAGUAAGUUUUUAGUGCAUCUAAUCAGACUUUAGUUUGGUUUUGUAGCACAUUUACCUUUGGUUUGUACAAAAAGUCAUCACUGUGCUAAUCUUGAAGAAUCAUAGAAUGCUUUUACGUCACAAAAUUGCCAUAUAAUUUUAAAACUUCUAAAAUUUCUGAGUCAAACGUAUUUUCCAAUUCAAUAAUUUUUGAAAAGAUGGAUCUAUUUAUUUACAAAACAUUUCUUUUUAAAAGUUCUGAAUAUAAAUCCAUGCUGACAUAUUUGGUCAUUAUUUUAAAAAGUUUAGGACAAAAGCAUCACGAUAAAAAAAAGGGACACUUUUGAAAAAAAAAAAUCAGGAUUUUCUAUGUUGCUUGGAAACGACCGAGCCAGCAAGAUUAUUGUAGUUUAACAGGGACUGCACCCUUUGACAGGCAUCUGUCUUAUUUUCAUUGAAUUUUUCCCCUCAAGUAAUCUGAAUAUCUCUUUCAGGUACACAAUUCCCAUUGAUUUAUUGGCCUAUGACUUUGAAGUUCUAGAAGACAAAG